GUUCUCUCUGGGGGUCGUGUCUUGGCACUGACUAGCGCUCAGAUCAGUGACACAGGAAAGUAUAUCUGUGUUGCAGUGAAUGCUGCUGGGGAGAAACAAAGGGAUAUUGAUCUCAGAGUUUACGUUCCACCAAACAUUAUGGGAGAAGAACAGAAUGUCUCUGUGCUCAUCAGCCAAGCAGUGGAGCUGCGCUGCCAGAGCAAUGCCAUUCCUCCACCCAUGCUGACUUGGCUCAAAGAUGGCCGACCUUUGCUGAAGAAACCAGGCCUCAGCAUCUCUGAAGAUGGAAGUGUAUUGAAGAUUGAAGAAGCUCAGGUUCAAGACACUGGACGUUACACUUGUGAAGCCACAAAUGUUGCUGGGAAAACAGAAAAGAACUAUAAUGUCAAUGUUUGGG